UCACGGAAACAGUUAGGCUGGGUCUGAGGAGCUGGCGCACCGAGCAAGGCUAGGCAGUCGAGGGCCUGGACCACCGUGCCCUGUGGGCACGCUUUGGGGAGAGGAGCAGAGCCAGGGACAGGAACCCGACCACUGGCCGGGCACCUGCGAGUGGGAGUCUCAUCUCUUAAGUUAUUGCGGCUCCUUCACCAGCCUCAUGAGGUGGCGUGGGGCUCAAAGCCCCCACAGCCUGCAGCUUGUGGCAGGCUACGUCACUCCGGCAUGGGCGGGGGAGAGAGCGUGACCCUCUGGAAAGGGUCGCUGAGCGACCUCCCCUCAUCUACAGAAUUUGAAAGGCUUCUGAAGAGAGUUUCCCCAGCUCUUCUUGGGGUUAAAAACCUCGAAAACCCGCCCUUCUGUGUUUGAGCUUGUGUGGUUGGUGGCGGUACCUGGCUGUCUUUCUACCCGGUGGACUUAACCACCUGUUCAGUCAGGAGGGUGUCUGGAGACUGCCGUCCUCGCUGUCUUUCAACAGCCUGAAUCGUUGAACUUUUGACAGAGCUGUGGAGGGACGUCAAACGUUAGAGUUGGAGAGUAAUCCGGUAUAUUAAUGUCUUACUGAUAAUGGCAGAACAUCCACCACUACUGGAUACAUCUCAGAUUUUAACUAGUGAUAUUUCUCUUCUAUCUGCACCUAUUGUAAGUGCAGAUGGAACACAACAGGUUAUUCUGGUACAAGUUAACCCAGGGGAAGCAUUUACAAUAAGAAGAGAAGAUGGACAGUUUCAGUGCAUUACAGGUCCUGCUCAGGUUCCAAUGAUGUCUCCAAAUGGUUCUGUGCCUCCUAUUUAUGUGCCUCCUGGAUAUGCCCCACAGGUUAUUGAAGACAAUGGUGUUCGAAGAGUUGUUGUGGUUCCUCAAGCACCAGAGUUUCAUCCUGGUGGUCACACAGUUAUACAUCGUUCUACACAUCCUCCUUUGCCAGGUUUCAUUCCUGUCCCAACCAUGAUGCCCCCUCCACCUCGCCAUAUAUAUUCACCAGUGACUGGAGCUGGCGACAUGGCAACACAGUAUAUGCCACAGUAUCAAUCUUCACAAGUGUAUGGAGAUGUAGAUGCUCACUCUACUCAUGGAAGGUCCAACUUUAGAGAUGAAAGAUCUAGUAAAACAUAUGAACGUUUACAGAAAAAAUUAAAGGAUCGCCAAGGAACACAAAAAGAGAAAAUGAGCAGUCCACCGUCAUCACCCCAGAAAUGCCCUUCUCCCAUAAGUGAACAUAAUGGACUUAUAAAAGGGCAGAAUGCUAGUGGUAUAAACACAGGAUUAGCAAAGAACAAGUCAGGAAAAGGGAAAGGUGGUGUACAAAUUGAUACAGAAAUCAAAGAAAAAGAUGAAGAAACUAAAGCCUUGGAAGCACUUCUUUCCAACAUUGUCAAACCGGUGGCCUCAGACAUCCAGGCAAGGUCAGUAGUACUUACCUGGUCACCUCCCUCCAGCUUCAUUAAUGGUGAAAAAGAUGAGACUAUUGUACCAGAGCUCUAUGGUUAUGAAAUUCUCGUCUCAAGUACUGGAAAAGAUGGGAAAUAUAAAAGUGUGUAUGUAGGAGAAGAAGCAGGUGUUACUUUAAAUGAUCUCAAACCAGCCACAGAAUACCAUGCAAAAGUCCAGGCAGAAUACAAUUCUGUAAAGGGAACUGCUUCAAAAACUGAAAGCUUUACCACCUUGAGCUGUGAACCUGACAUACCUAAUCCACCAAGGAUAGCCAAUCGGACCAAAAAUUCACUCACUUUGCAAUGGAAGACACCUAGUGACAAUGGUUCUAAAAUCCAAAGCUUUAUUUUAGAAUGGGAUGAGGGAAAGGGAAAUGGAGAAUUUUGUCAGUGUUACAUGGGCUUACAGAAGCAAUUUAAAAUUACUAAACUGUCACCAGCGAUGGGUUGUAAAUUUAGACUAUCAGCCAAAAAUGAGUAUGGUAUAAGUGGUUUUAGUGAAGAAGUUUUAUAUUACACCUCAGGCUGUGCCCCUUCUAUGCCAGCAAGUCCUGUAUUGACUAAGGCUGGGGUUACUUGGUUAUCUUUACAAUGGAGUAAACCCUCAGGAACACCAUCAGAUGAAGGAAUUUCUUACAUUUUAGAGAUGGAGGAAGAAACCUCAGGAUAUGGUUUUAAGCCUAAAUAUGAUGGAGAAGAUCUUGCUUACACAGUGAAAAAUCUCAGACGUAGUACAAAGUAUAAAUUUAAGGUUAUUGCUUACAACUCAGAAGGUAAAAGUAAUCCAAGUGAAAUAGUAGAAUUCACUACAUGCCCUGAUAAACCAGGAGUACCUGUAAAGCCUUCAGUUAAAGGAAAGAUACAUUCACACAGUUUUAAAAUAACUUGGGACCCACCAAAAGACAAUGGAGGGGCAGCCAUCAGUAAAUACGUAGUGGAGAUGGCAGAAGGUUCUAAUGGUAACAAAUGGGAUAUGAUAUACAGUGGAGCUACUAGGGAACAUCUUUGUGAUCGACUGAGUCCAGGCUGUUUCUAUCGCUUACGGGUUUACUGCAUCAGUGAUGGAGGACAGAGUGCGGUAUCUGAAACUUUACUUGUGCAGACUCCAGCUGUACCUCCUGGCCCAUGCCUCCCUCCCAGAUUACAGGGUAGACCCAAAGCAAAAGAAAUACAAUUACGAUGGGGACCCCCUCUGGUUGAUGGUGGAGCUCCCGUUUCCUGCUAUGGUGUGGAAAUGUCUCCGGUAGAAAAAGAUGAACCCAGAGAAGUUUACCAAGGUUCUGAAGUAGAAUGUAUAGUGAGCAACCUUCUUCCUGGAAAGACUUACAGCUUCAGACUGCAUGCAGCUAAUAAAAUGGGGUUUGGACCAUUUUCAGAAAAAUGUGAUAUUACUACAGCCCCUGGACCACCAGAUCAAUGCAAGCCCCCUCAAGUAACAUGCAGAUCUGCAACUUGUGCACAAAUAAAUUGGGAGAUCCCUUCGAGUAAUGGAACUGAUGUCACUGAGUAUCGAUUGGAGUGGGGAGGAGUUGAAGGAAGUAUGCAGAUAUGUUACUGUGGGCCUGGUCUGAGUUAUGAAUUGAAAGGACUUUCACCAGCAAUGACCUAUUAUUGCAGAGUCCAGGCUCUGAGUAUUGUGGGUGCAGGCCCUUUCAGCGAUGUAGUAGCCUAUGUGACUCCACCAUCAGUUCCUGCUGUUGUGACUUGUCUUCAAGAAAUAAGUGAUGAUGAUAUAGAAAAUCCCAAUUAUUCACCUUCUACCUGCCUUGCAAUAAGCUGGGAAAAGCCUUGUGACCAUGGUUCAGAAAUCCUUGCCUACAGCAUAGACUUUGGAGAUAAACAGCCUUUGAUUGUAGGAAAGGUUACAAGCUAUAUUAUAGACAGUUUGCAACCAGAUACAACAUACAGAAUACGAAUUCAAGCCUUGAACAGCCUUGGAGCUGGUCCUUUCAGCCACAUGAUAAAAUUAAAAACUAAGCCCCUCCCUCCCGAUCCACCUCGUCUGGAAUGUGUUGCCUUCAGCCACCAGUACCUUAAGCUGAAAUGGGGAGAAGGAACCCCCAAAAUACUGUCAACAGAUUCUGUUCAGUACCACCUUCAGAUGGUGGAUAAGAAUGGAAGGUUUAUAUCCUUGUACAGAGGUCCGUGUCAUACAUACAAAGUACAAAGACUUAAUGAGUCAACAUCCUAUAAAUUCUGUAUUCAAGCUUGUAAUGAAGCAGGGGAAGGUCCUCUCUCCCAAGAAUAUAUUUUCACUACUCCAAAAUCUGUCCCAGCUGCCUUGAAAGCCCCCAAAAUAGAGAAAGUAAAUGAUCACGUUUGUGAGAUUACAUGGGAGUGUUUACAGCCAAUGAAAGGUGAUCCAGUCAUUUACAGUCUUCAGGUUAUAGUGGGAAAAGAUUCUGAAUUCAAACAGAUUUACAAGGGUCCCGACUCUUCAUUCCGGUAUUCAAGCCUUCAGCUGAACUGUGAAUAUCGUUUCCGCGUAUGUGCCAUCCGACAGUGCCAAGACUCUGUGGGGCAUCAGGACCUAGUAGGUCCCUACAGCACAACAGUUUUCUUCAUCUCUCAGAGGACUGAACCACCAGCCAGCACCAACAGAGACACUGUGGAAAGCACAAGGACCCGGCGAGCACUUACUGAUGAGCAAUGUGCAGCCGUCAUCCUUGUGCUAUUUGCUUUCUUUUCCAUUUUGAUUGCUUUUAUCAUUCAGUACUUUGUAAUCAAGUGAAAAUAUAACUUUAUUUUUAAUACUGUA